GUAUUAUGAUAAACCGUCGUAGUCGUCCCGAAAUAGUCCAUUACAUCGUUUCGAGUUAUGUCGGCACUGAUUCAUACUAUUGGUAUAUAUUGAUUAUUGUUCAUUCUCACAUAUUAUAUCAGACUUCGAAAGUUCAUAUUUCUUCACAAUAUGAGACAAUCUUUCGAAAGAAUUUCAGCACACACGUCACCAAGUUGCGAGUGGAUACAGGAGUAAACAGGCGCGGAAACCAGGAAGGGGAACCGGAGGCUUGGCUGUGGCGAAGGGCGUUUGAAUUUUCGGAGUUUUGAAAUUUGGCCGGCCGGUGAUUCUACAGGAAGUUCGUGACGCACUGUUUUUACCGUUCAACAAGAAGGGGAAGUAUUCUUGAAGCUAUUCUGAGGCAAUCGCCUGACAUUCGAGCGUCCUAGGACGUUUAUUCCUUCUCGUGGAAAUCAUGGACGACGAGGAGGUACCGAGUUUCUCUAGUCCGGAGGAAGAGAUCAAGUACUGGAAAGAUCUAGCGUUGGAAUUAAGACAAAGUGUGAAAGAUGCAAGGGACGAACUUGAUGAAUUCCAGGAAGAAAGUAGAGAGCUGGAGGCUGAGUUGGAAGCACAACUGGAACAGGUAGAAGGGAAGAACAGAGACCUGCAGAACUCCUGUCAACGACUGCAGAUGGAAGUAGAGUCAUUAAAGGAAAAGCUUGAAAUCUGUCAGAGAGAAAGCCACCAGCAGAUCACACAGUUACAGGACGAUCUGGCACAGACGGUGGGCAUGAAGGAAGAAAUGGCCAAGUACAUACGGGAGCUGGAACAGAUCAAUGACGAUCUGGAGAGAGCCAAAAGAGCAACUGUUGUAUCUCUAGAGGAAUUUGAUGGAAGAUUAAAUCAGGCAAUUGAGAGAAAUGCCUUUCUUGAAAGUGAACUUGAAGAGAAGGAUCAGCUAAUGGAGACGAUACAAAGGCUAAAGGAUGAAGCCAGAGACUUGAGGCUGGAGCUCAACGUACGACCAUCACCACUAUCGACCAGUAAAGACCAAGCAGGGGAAGAUAAAGAUGAGGAGAAACCAGACAACGAUAAAGUAGAAAGGAGAAGCAGACCAACUCCCAUCAGUAUGCCAGAUAACAGAGCAGUAUUGGAGAAGGGCAUCAGUACAACGCCUCCAGUUGGCACGCCACCUCCACAUAGAGGAAGCUUUUCCCAGAUGAACGGUGCUGCUUCAGGUAGCACGCCACUCACGCCGUCCGCUCGCAUUUCAGCUCUUAACAUCGUAGGAGACCUGCUCAGGAAAGUAGGGGCACUGGAAUCUAAGUUGGCGUCAUGUAGAAAUUUUGUGAAAGAACAGCCAGGAAGGAGUAGUGGUAGCAAGGGGCCAAAUUCACCCAGUCAGCCGACUGGCCCCUCCCCCUCCCGGCCAUCAGACAACAUCCUCCUGCCUCUGUGUUCUGUCCUUUCCUGCUGUGAGACCUCUCUGGUUCAGGCCAUAAACUCCAUCAAACAUGACUCUCCCGACAGAAAGGGCCAAGCGACUGAACCGAGGGUCAGUGUCAUCCCCGAACUCACAGGGCCUGGUGAAGAUCACAGUGUGACGCAAGAUGCAGUCACCGACCCGAAGAAUUUCUACCAAAUAGCUUUCUAGCCAUUUUCUUACUUACAUUUAAUACAGGCCUGGGUUACUUGCUUUUAUGACUUUGUAACAAGUUAUAUCCUUUAGCAGAAUGCCUCCAGUGGUCAUCUGUGCCUAUUUCUGGUACUAAACACAAUGAAGCAAAGUAUUUCUUUCAAAAUGCCUACCCUGUGCCAGCUUUUAGGUAGACAGAUGGUCCUUACUUCUCUCAGUUGCCAGGAGAAAAGUCAGCAUUGAAAUAGUUGAGCUCCCAUCACAAUGGUAAAAGGUAUUGCCUAAUCUGGGUGAUGUAAAUACAAGAAGCCCUGCCAAGGCAAGAGUGCCCUAAACUUGUCAAUGUGCCAUUCAGCAGGGAGGCUAUUAUACAUUUCUCUGAUUUGUGGGGGAGGACUAUACAUUACUGCAUGAACCCAAAGAUUGGAGGGAACGUGCAGCAUUGCUUCGUAACACUAAUUAAGCCAGGUUUAUAUGAAGAAGCCCAUCUGGCAUUUAGAAGUUCAAGACAUUCAAAUUCGCAUCCUAAGAGCUGUCUUCAAAGGUCUUCACUUUCUUUUGGAAACAUUAUGAGGAAAGUUUUUUUGAAAGUAUGUUACAUGGUUCUGUUCCUCACAAAGCAUAAUAGGUAGCAUACUGUUCUUGCCAAAAGAAAUAGGCAUUUAUGACUAGUUUGACCCAAAGCACCAUCUGGCAUGUAUCAAGGCUGAUGUAGUCAUACCCCAUAUUGAUCAGGGCAGCCAGAUGGCUAACAAGUCGUAUAUUGUAGACCAAGCAUUUACACUAUGUGAGAAACCCAAUAACAUGUCAAGUACUCAUGUGUUUGGAGAGCGUUUCAGUUUGUAGUAGCUGGACUGGAAAGGAAAAAAGGCAGAUGACCAAAUAUGACCCGUAUUUUAUUUAAUACAAAAUUGCCAGAAUUUCAAGAAGAAAGGAAAUGUUGUGCAGAGUUCGUAUAAGUUUGAAGUAUUUAUUUUGAUAAUCGUAACAUUAUCCUGUUAAAAAAACUUAAAUGUAACAAAAUGGAAUAUCAUGGAACUAUGUAAGGUUUCCAUGUAAGCUGGAAGAUAUGCAGCUAAGCGUAAAGUAUGAUAUCUCGUAUCUUAUAUUUAUUUCUAAUUCCUUGUUCGAGUUACUAUUAUACUUGUGUGCUGAUGUGAAUGUUAUCUGAGAAAAUGGUGUACUUGGAAUUAUAGUAUAUUGUUCUGUGUAUAAUAGAUUGUAAUUGAUGUCUGUUUUUCCUCCUCAUAAAAAAAGUGGCAAAAUGCAAUUCCACCACCUCCACUUUGCAAUAUGGUAUCAGAGUGUUUGUUGAUUUGUUUGUUUUCUCUAUCCAUAUUCACCACUUCAGUGCACACAUAUACAUAUAUGUAUCUUAAAGACAUUGUCAAUUCUAUAGCACUAAAAAGGAUUCCUUCUUGGGUAUACAUAUGUGUGCAAUGAAAAGGUCACAUUGUCUUUCUAUUAUUAUAUUAAAUGCACAACAAAUGUGAUAAGGUCAGCCCUUGUUCUUACUGUGUAACUUGGAAGAAAAAUCUUAUCAAAGGUCCUUUUAUUCAGGGUCAACAGCACUUUUGAAUGCCCACUGUUUGGAAAGAAGUUGAGUGUGCUGGUGCUAUGGCAAUGUGUAAGAAGUAUAUGCGUGUACAUGUAUGUGCCUGCACAUGUGCUCUUUGGGAUAUACUUUGUGUAUCAAACCUCAACGUACACGUAAGUAAUUUUAUGAUUUAUCACGAAUUGACAACAGUCAUGAUUUUUUUUCAUGUUCAAUUGCAAAGAAACAUGGAUGCCUGACUAGAAUUGUUAAAUCAAAACAGGGUGAAUCAAGGUAGAAAGUUGAUUACAAAAACCAGUGUGGUUGGAUAUUUUAGUUAGGUUUCCAAUUGUAAAAGGUAUCACCAGUUUUUAGCUAGAAUGAGUAUCUACUUACUACAUGUCAUGUAUUCUGAGACUCCUUGAAGGCAGAAAUAUUUGGAGUGAUGCAAAUUUUCGUUUUGAGAGAAAAAGACUUGUGGAUAAGACAGAGAAAGGGCAUUGUAGGCAUCGUCCCUUUGAAUGUAUAGUUUAGCUGUUCUCAUGACAGCUAUAAAACUGCCAUUUGGUUGAUACUUAUGGGUUUAUAAAGUAACUGGUGGAAGAAGGGUGAAACAUAUGGCAUGUAAAUGUUAUUGAAGCAUUGGAUUGUAAAAGGAGAAGACACAUUGUGCAUACUAUGAUCAGCAAAGUAGCUAUCACUCAUCUCAGUUUAUAACUGGUGAUACUUGAACUGUAACACUUCCUCGUAAUUAGACCUUUGUGAAUAAUUGUUAUGAUUUUUUUGAGUGUUCAGAUCAUGCAAGUUGUGUUUUAUAAUGAAUGACAGAAAUGUCCAUGUUUCCGCCCACCACGAUGUGUGGUUUUCUACAGUAUAUGAGAUGUUUGUGAAUAAUACAGAGUAUUUUGUCCUGA